GAGGCGUCUGUUAUUGGCUGAGAGCGCUGUCAAACUAAUCACGAGUUCGGAAAGGCCACGGAUGUGUGGGGUUUGGCAUAAAAGAACCCAGAGCGGUUUCGUGAUUAGGGAACUAGGAGUGACUGGAAGUGCUGGCAGGCGCGUGCGGUAUUAAGGACUCAUCUGUGUGAUGGAUUUCCAUGCUGUUGUGUGUGCCUUCUUUCUCCCGCUGCUGCUGGAGCUCUCGCAUGCAGAGCAAGUGAAGUUUGUUGACUGUGGCUCAGUUGCUGGAAAUGUGAUUCAGGUUGACAUUAAUCCCUGCCCAACACAGCCAUGCCAGCUUCACAAGGGACAGUCCUAUGCUGUAAACGUGACCUUCACCAGUGCAACUGACAGUCAGACAAGCAAAGCUGUGGUCCAUGGCGUGAUCGCUGGUGUCCCUGUCCCCUUUCCAAUCCCUAAUGAUGACGGCUGCAAGUCUGGAAUCGAAUGCCCUAUUCAGAAGCAAAUAACCUACAGUUAUGUCAACGAGCUUCCUGUUAAAGCAGAGUACCCAUCGAUAAAACUGGUUGUGGAGUGGGAACUUGGAGACGACUCCGGUAAAGAUUUGUUCUGUAUCAAGUUUCCUGUCCAGAUUGUCAGCUGAAAGUCGACACCAACUCCGGCAAAGGAAAAACUCAAAGGGCAAAAGGAUAUUUGUGUUUUUUUUAUGAACUUGCUUUAAUUUUUUUUUUUUUUCUUUUUUUUUUUUAGAAAUUAUAUAAAAUCUGUUUUAUAGUUAGUUUUUUCUAAUUAUUAAUUAACAAUCAUUUUAAACUUUAAGGAAAUAUUUACUCUGAUUUAUUAUAAUUAUUAUUGUCUCAGUGAUUAACUCACAAUGUUUUAAGUAAUCAAUGUUAAUGAUCAAAAGACCAUCUAAAUGCAUUUUCCUGGCUGCUGUGUGGCUACCCAAUGGUAAUCCAAAUACUCUAUUCUAAAGUGUGUAAUUUUUAAUAUUGUAGUUAUCACAAAUACUUCACAAAUGUGUCUGUCUGAAAUAAAGAACUUUUUUAACUAA